AUAAGGGGGUGGGGGCCCUGAGAGGGGGGGUCACAGAGGUGAGACAUGGCCACCAGGCGUUUAACCGACGCUUUCUUGUUGUUGCGGAAUAAUUCCAUCCAAAACCGGCAGCUGUUAGCCGAGCAAGUGAGUAGUCACACCACCUCCAGCCCUCUGCAUUCACGUAGCAUUGCUGCGGAGCUGGACGAGCUUGCUGAUGACCGAAUGGCGCUGGUGUCAGGCAUCAGCCUAGAUCCAGAAGCAGCAAUUGGUGUGACAAAGUGCUCACCUCCAAAAUGGGUGGACGGAGUAGAUGAGGUACAGUAUGAUGUUGGCCGCAUUAAACAGAAGAUGAAGGAGUUAGCCAGCCUCCAUGACAAGCAUUUGAACAGACCCACCCUGGAUGACAGCAGUGAGGAAGAGCAUGCCAUCGAGAUAACCACCCAAGAGAUCACCCAGCUCUUUCAUAGAUGCCAGCGUGCUGUGCAGGCCCUGCCCAGCCGUGCACGAAGGGCCUGCUCCAAGCAGGAAGAGCGGCUACUGCGGAACGUGGUGGCAUCACUGGCCCAGGCCCUGCAGGAGCUGUCCACCAGCUUCCGGCACGCCCAGUCCGGCUACUUGAAACGCAUGAAGAACCGAGAGGAAAGGUCACAGCAUUUCUUCGACACAUCAGUGCCACUAAUGGAUGAUGGAGAUGCUGCUGCUGUGUAUGAUCAGGGUUUCACGGAUGACCAACUGGUUCUGGUGGAGCAGAACACCCUGAUGGUGGAGGAGAGGGAGCGAGAGAUCCGUCAGAUUGUGCAGUCCAUUUCUGACCUCAGUGAGAUCUUCAGGGACUUGGGAGCAAUGAUUGUGGAGCAGGGGACAGUCCUUGACAGAAUUGACUAUAAUGUUGAACAGUCCUGUGUCAAGACCGAAGAUGGCUUGAAGCAGCUUCACAAGGCAGAGCAGUACCAAAAGAAGAACCGGAAGAUGCUUGUGAUCUUGGUACUGGUUGUCAUCAUCGUAGUCCUCAUUGUGGUCCUCAUCGGCGUAAAGUCUCGCUAGUGACUCCACGUUCUGGAGAGCGCUACUGCAUGGGCUCCUUGAGUGUGAGGGCGUGGCUGGCGCCACACCACUGUACUCCCUACAGAGCAUGGCCCGCUGGCCCAACAGUGGGCAGUGGACCUUCCUGUGCUCGGCCCCUCUGGUGGACUGGAAUGCAGGCUCAGCCAUGAGUUUCCAUCUCUGUCCAGAGUUUAAGGAUGUGAAGCUCUUGCUGAGGAGACUGGCCCUUGACCAGCUGUCAUGUAAACAUGCUUUCUAGAAAGUGGAGUGAGUGAAGGUGUGCAGGCGUUACUGAGGCACCAAUGUGAUAUGCAUGCACUUGUUUUUAGCACUCAUGUCUGAGCAGCAUGUUAAAUAAUUUCUAGGAAAUUUUUUUCAAUUAUCUGGUUUUUAAGAAGUUUGGUACCAAAAAUUUAUGAGUAGAGGCUCAAUAUGCCUCUUCAUCUUCCCAGCUGAAAACAAACUAAGAAGUCCUUCAAGAAUUUAUAAUCCGUUCCCCAUUAACUUAAUUUAGCUUUUCCAUCACUGUUAACGAUCAGAGUAACAAAGUGUGAAAAAUAAGAAACCAUCAUUGAUGUUAAUUAACACAUUUAGACGGGCCAGUUAAACCAGCUUCAUGCUUUUAAAUCAAUUGUAAGUAGCAUAUUCCUCAUUCAGAAUCUUGCACUGCAUUUUCUACUGUAAACCAAGAGGGUUACUAAGUAAAACCUCCUAAAUCAGAAUUUGGUUGUUUGAACCUCAGUACAGGAAAGCCUGACAGUGUCACAAACUGAACUAAGCCGGUGUGUCCCUAGCCAUCCCCACUCAGUCUAUUACUUACAUUCUAGCUACAUAAUGACCUGUCCAAACCUGACUCCAUUUGAUGAGCUGUAAAUUUACACAGAGGCCAUUUUAAAUGGGUCACCCCAUUUAGAAUUAGUGGAUCUCGAAUUAUUAACCAAACAUCACUCCAUUUUAAAGUAAAAUAUUCUACCCAUGAUUUGAUUUAUCGACUCUUCCGUUGACACUUAGCAAUGCCCAGAAAGCGGGUAUAUUCCUGAGGACAGUGAGAACCUCAACUAGGGCUGUCCUCUGUGUGUGUGUGUGUGUGUGUGUGUGUGUGUGUGUGUGUGUGUGUGUGUGCACGCACUCUAGUGUGCUGUGUGUAGAUAUGUGUGCUCUAUGUGUGUGCACGCAUAUCAGAUCGCCAAAGGCAGGCUCUGUUUACCUACUUGCUAACCAUGGUGCUGGGUGCUCUGCAGAGCUAAAGUGAUGCGGGCGGUGAUGGGGUUUUGAAGACAAGGGUGUGAGUGUCUUGUUUGCCCUGUCUUCAUUGACACUGCUGUAACUUUAGUGUUCUUUGCGUGAUUAUGAUGGCUUUUUAAAAUUGUCUCUGCUUCUCUUCAAUUAUUUAAGAGUGUGGCUCUGUUGAGUGUGUACCGUUUUAUUUGUAUUUAUGCAAAUGUUUGCCUAUAUAGAUUUCACUGAAGGGUGACUCAAAACUCCAGCUUGUGCAGAUCUACCCUGCACUCAGCCUCCCUACCCAGACUGUGGGGUAUUGGGGACCAAAGGUUUGCCAGACUCUUUCAGUGACAUUAGUAGGGAUGGUUGGAACCCAUCACUUCAGAAUUGGGAAGAGGGGGUCCCACAGGCCUCCUCUCCUGACUUCUGAGGGUGGACUGUCAAAUCAGGGCACCUGCUUUAAGCAAUCUGUGAAGGCCACGCUCAGUGACUGUGAGGGCCUGGAAGAAAAGCGACCUUUUAAGAAAGGUCACCGUGUAUUUGUAUUUAUUUCCCUGAAUGGGUUUUUGUUUGUUUGCUUGUUUGUUUGUUUUGUUUUGUUUUGUUUUUGUUUGGGGAGGGGGAUUAGUUUCCCCCCUAACCUCUCUGGGUAACCUAACAGAUCUGGUUAGGAAUUGUCCCAAGGACCUGUGGGAACCUCUUCCCUGUCCCCUUCUGUCUGUAGACAGCGUGGUUCUGGUCUGGGCGUAGCCACCCUGAUGGGUGCAGAGCCUUGUGCACCAGCUCUUUGAGCCUGUCCUGGGGGAGAAGACCAGAAGCUCAUGAGGAUACCAGAGAAGUUAGUCUCGACGUCCUGGUAGCGACAAGUUCUGCCUGUGGGCCCAUCCUGCCCUUCAGUCUGGCCACGGAGGUGACAAUCAAAUCUGUCCCUGUGCCUAGGAAGUGCCCUGGGGAUACCACUUUUUUCCACUGGACGACUCCUGUAGAGUGGGGUGGAAAGAGAGAAGUGUCUGUCCUUUGGGGCCCCUGAGAGAACGGCUGUCUGUCUGUCUAUCUGUCUGUCUGUCUGUCUGUCUGUUGGGGGGCAUUUGGAUGCUGGCUGGGCCACUGUGUGAAGCAGUGUGUGUCUAAUUUAACGGAUGUACCGCUUUCUCUGCUAAUUGAGAGAGCAUUAUUUAUUUGUUUUGACACAAGUGCUUGCAGGGUUUCAUCCCAGCUAAUGGCUUCUUAAAGGUAAUAAAACCCGCCAACCUAAUUGGCCAGAUAAGACUUUUUUCCUUGUGUGCUUAAAUAAAGCAAUUAGUGAAGCACUUCUAUCCAAAAUGACUUUUUUUUUUUUUUUUUUUUUUUUUUUUUGUCCUAACUAAUUUACUGUUACUGGAAACUUUUUGUACAAUAAAGCAAUCUCACAGAUUGAAAAGCA